GGACAGAGUCUCAGUCGCUAGGUCGACAAGGGAGUAGAAGGUGGGGAUAUUUAAAAUGCUGAAGCUUCUGUUGCUGGGUCUGCUCCUGAGCUUUGCCCAUGGGCUGGGGCUGGAGGAGCUGAAGGGGCCACUUGCAGACAAGGAGUUACACGUCCCUGAAGCCACGGCUGUCCCCUACCCCAUUUACCAGUUUGUGUCAGCAGUAGAUGGCGUGACCAGUUAUCAAGUGAGCGGAGACCUUCCAGGGAUUGAGAUGUCACCAGAGGGGUGGCUCUAUCUCACACAGCCACUCGUUUGGUCUGAAGAGGACACUCACGCAUUACAGAUUGAGGCUUUUGCAGAUGGGUCGUCAGUGGAUGGGCCUCACAAUAUAGUUCUGAAAGUUAUUGAUGUAAAUAACAACGCGCCUUCAUUUCUCCAAGACGUGUAUGCAGGAGAAGUGAUGGAGCACACUGCUGCAGGUUUGCCAUUUCUGCAAGUGGCUGCAACAGACCGGGAUGAUCAGACCACUCCUAAUGCUGCAGUGAAGUUCAGCAUCGUCAGGGAGAUCCCCAGCACCCCUGGUACCCCCUUGUUCCAAGUCAACCCAGACACGGGGGAGAUCUCCACCACUGAGGAGGGUUCCAAGGUUCUUAAAGCCCGUGAUGGGCUGAUGUACAGUCAGGGAGAAGAGCGUGGCAGUCGUGAAGUGGUGGAGAAAAGGUUUAAUGACUACUGUCCCGUCAACAAUGUGCCAUACGAGCAGAAUCCAUUCUUCACCUGUGUUCUCAGAGCAGAGUCCAGACGUGUGGAUGCCACGAGCGACCCAGACUACACCCUGGUGGUGAGGGCAGCAGAUAUGGAUGGAGCCCCGAACGCUCUGAGCAGCACCACCCGCGUCAACGUGGUGGUCCGCCAGAACCUCUGGAUCAACCCUGGACCGCUGACCAUCAGGGAGAACCUGAAAGAAGUCUACCCCAUGAAGAUUGCUACGGUGACUUCCAAUGACCCUAAUGCAAUAUAUAGUUUGGUACAGAAGGAAAGAAACCUCCCCUUCACCAUCAAUCCUGAUGGAGAGAUCUUUGUCAUGGAGGAACUGGACCGUGAGCAGAAAGACAUGUAUAUAUUAGUGGCCUUCGCUAAGGAUGAGCAGGGCGUGGAGCUAGAGAGGCCCAUGGAGAUCCAUAUCACCGUGGGAGAUGAGAACGACAACGCUCCUGAGUGUGGCGACAAAGAGUUUGAAGUUCAGGAGAUCGAAGUUAUUGGUAGUACUGUGGGUAACAUGAAUGCCCAUGAUCCAGAUGAUGAGGACACUCCCAAUGCCCUGCUGUCUUAUAAGCUGGUGGCUCAGAGUCCCGACACAGGCAUGUUCUCAGUGGAGGCCUACAGCGGCAACAUCCAGGUGGCCAGAGCCGGCUUCAAGAGGUCUGUCACCCCAGAGUACACUCUCACCAUCGCUAUCAGCGACGGAGGAAUACCAGCCAAGACCACCGAGUGCCAGGUCAUUGUGAGAGUCAUCGAUACAAAUAACGAGCUUCCCAUCUUUGAGAAAAAUGAUUAUGGGCAGGUGAGUGUGCCAGAGGAUGCUGAGCUUCCCCACGUGCUGCUGACCAUCAAGGCCACCGACAAAGACGACCCCGGCACCGGCAGCUCCAAGAUUGACUUCCAUAUCGCCAGCGGCGACCCUAAGGGAGUCUUUGCUUUUGACACAGAUGGCAACGGAGAGGGCAAUCUCUACCUUGCCAAGUCUCUUGACUUUGAAGAUCAGGCCACCUACAACCUGGUGAUUCUCGCUCGCAACCCAGAGCCUUUGGUCCCAGGGCUAGGGUACGGCGAUGAGUCCACAGCCAUCGUGACGGUCCAGGUCACCAACGUGGACGAGCCUCCAGAGUUCGACCAGGACUUCCUGGUUGUGAAUGCUCCAGAGGAUGUCACCGUGGGAGCCACUCUGAUGACCGUCAGUGCCCAUGACCCGGAGGGCCAGGAGCUGACCUUUAAGCUGGAGGGCGAUGAUGGAGGCUGGCUGGCCAUUGAUGCAGCCACCGGCGAGCUGAAGACCAAGAAGGCUCUGGACUUUGAAAAGGUCAAUCACAUCACAGCAAAGGUGGUCGUCUUUGAAAAAGGAGCUCCGGAGAUGAAGGUUGAGAAGGAGGUGACCGUCCACGUGGUGGACGUGAAUGACAACCCGCCCCACCUCAAGGCCUCCCGUGCCUUCAUCUGCGCUAAUGACAAGAAGCCAGUGCUCCUGGUGGCCGAGGACAAGGACGCCGAGCCCUUCGCCGGACCCUUCACCUUCAGUCUCGGCUUCAAGCGCUCCAACUGGGAGCUCAAGCAAGUGGACGAAAACUCUGCCUUACUCAGCCUAAAGAAGGUUCCAAUUGCGGAGCAAGUGUUUGGUGUCCCCGUAAAUGUCAAAGACAAUGGCGGGCUGGGGGUUAACAAUCAGUUUGAUGUGCACGUGUGCAACUGCACAGAGAGUGGCUUCUGUUUCAUUGAACCUGAAGCGCGUUCUGACAUCUUUGGUCUUGAGGCCACCAUUGGUAUUCUAGGAGGAGUGCUUGGCUUCAUCAUAAUUGUGUUCGUUAUUGCCGUCAAACAAUCCCAGAAGAAGAAGUCAGAGGGCGAAGAGUACGCACCCACUAAACAGGAAGAGGCGUAGAUAUACCUACUUGGCACUUCCCUAUCCAAAGACAUCAUAUGUACUUGUAUACUUUAUUUCUCAACAACCAUCAUUUGCAAUAGGUUUACAAUUCAUCUCUCCUGUCAUAUUCUAUUUACGCAUGCUUUAUUAUUAGGCACCCGAAUAGAAACUAUGAAAACAAACUUUGUAAUGGCAGAUCAUUCAUUUCAAAGCCAAAACGUCAUCAAAGAAACUCAUUUUUCUCCAGGUAAUGUAAACAGGACUUGACAGGGGUGUAGCCAAACAACUUGAACUAAUUGAGAUUUUGAAUUGCUGAAUCGUCAUGGAAAAAAAACAUGUA